CUUGUGGACGAGCGUCACACACGAAGGAUGAUGCAGUGGGAAUUGAGGAGCGUGACCAAGUUCUUGAUGGUGGUGGUUACCAUGACAACCGUUGUUAUGGCCUCUGUGCCUGGCCCUAAUGACCGCCGCUACCCUGACUACAUCGUGAAACCCCAAGUGGAGUGUAUGAAGGAAGGAGUGUUCCCUCACCCCAGGAACUGUAGCUGGUAUUUCAGUUGCGUCGACCGUAUGAAGGUUGGUUUCUACAGCACAUUCUACUUCGAGUGUGAACCUGGUACUGUCUUCAACGACGGGCUGGACCAGUGUGUGUUCCCCUACCUCAUCUCGCCUCCCUGUGGCACUAACGGGACAGGAUCCAGUACGACAGUUAAACCACCUGUUCUAUGCCAGAAGUUUGACUCCAGCAGCUGUCAAGUGUAUGAGUUGUGCAAACCAUUGAGGACCACCAAGACCCUGUGUACUGGCUGCUUCACAUACUUUGGUUACACCAUGGCCAAGGAUCUUUGUAAGAUGAAGGGGGAACUCCUUGAUAAGAAUACGCACCAAUGCGUCCAACCGCCCACGGGGUCGGACCUGUGCCGUGUUACCUCCACCACCACAUUUCCCCCACCGACUGUGCGUCCUCCCCAGCGUAAUCUUGGGUGCACAGAACAGAACAAACGGCCCUACGAGACCUGGAUAGGCAUGGACCACUGUCAAGACUAUAACUUUUGUACUCCCUCAAACACGUAUCUGUAUCAAAAGAAGCUGUGUCGCGAGUACUUCCAGUGCUUUAAGAUGGCCAACGGCUUCUGGGACUACACGAAAGAGAAAUGUGACCUCGGUGAACUGUACAGCUACAAGACAAAUGGAUGUGUCAAGGAACCUAGAGCGAAUGAGCUGUGUAACACGUCACCCUAGAGACAUGUUCUUUGAUCCCUGCCUCUUGACACCCACUACUGACACUCGCAAGUUGACACCAGUCAAUUGCCAUCUCCCACUUGACACCUGUCAAUUGAAACUUCAUUCAAUGCCAGCUACUUGGCGGCAGUUCAUUCUAUGCCAGCUACUUGGCACUUCAUUCCAUGCCAGUUACCUGACACUUAAUUCUAUACCAACUACUUUCACUUCUUUCCAUGUCAGCUACUUGGCAAUUCAUUCCAUGCCAGAUACUUGGCACUUCAUUCUCUGCCAGCUAAUUGGCAAUUCAUUCUUUGCCAAUUAAUUGACACUUCAAUCUAUGCCAACUACUUGACACUUCUUUCUAUGCCAGCUACUUGUCACUUCAUUCUAUGCCAACUGUUUGAUACUUCAUUCUAUGCCAACAACUUGACAGUUCAUUCUAUGCCAGCUUCAUGGCACUACAUUCUGUGCCAGCUACUUGGCAUUUCAUUCUCCGCCAGCCUCUUGACACCUGAAGGAAACGCUGGGAUACAAUCAUCGCACUAAGGAAGAAGACUCCCUGAGAAGAGUAUUAUUAUAACAUUUUCGGAUUCACAACCUCUCCUCCACUAAGUCCGGAACACAAUGGUCGACCUUCACAAUAUAUAAAUAUCUGGCAUAUUUUUAUUUAUUUAUUAUUUAUUUUUAUUUUUUUUUGCUCUAUUUAGUUAUUCCAACUCGGACUUUCCUGAAAUGAUUGAUGGAAGAAUUUCGUGCAUGAGGUUGUCUUUUUGAAGUACUGUACUGCGCAUCUUGACGUAGCUAAUGAUGUAUUCAUGGUCGCGGUGUUACCAGGGUUCACAGUGCUAGGUGAUAUUAUCUGCACACACACACACACACACACACACACACACACACACACACACAAUGAUUUUCAGAUAACUAUUCGCUAUGUUUUAAGUACCAUGUUAAACACAUUUCUUAUAUUUUAAGAAUUAUAGACCUUUCAGUAGUUGAAUACGAUUUUUUGUGAGAAAUUUUACGUACAUAAGUUUUCUGGACAGUUACAAAAUCUCUUCUUAGUGGCUGUAGAAAUUAAAUAAAUACAGUAAUAAUUUCAUCUCUGUGAACUCUGAGUUGUUAAACUGAAUCAAUAUGAAUGUACGAAGAUCUUGCCUGCAAUUAAUACUAGAACACAACAAAUGCAACACACAUGUAUUUUACACAUGUAUACAACGGCUUCAGGCUACGUGUUUCAAAGAUUUUCUGUUUAUCAUUUUGUUAAUUUUAUUUAUUGUCUGUUUGGGUUAUUGUUGUUGUUUGUCAUAUGUGUUGGGUACUAUAAUAAAACAUAAGUAACAUGUAUAUUGUUAUUGUGCAUUGUCUGUUUUUAUUACUGAAAUUUGAUUUGGGAAAAAAAUAGUAUAAACAUUAUUGCUA